CGGAAAGUUCAUUUUAGAGGAAAGAAAUCUCAGAGUCGCUCUGUUUCAUUGUGUGACUACAAGAAAUGGCAGAGGUUGUAGAUCAGAAUCAGUUCAUCUGUGCAGUGUGUCUGGAUCUUUUCAAGGAUCCGGUCACUACUUCUUGUGGUCACAGUUACUGUAAGAUGUGUAUUAAUGGUUGUUGGGAUCAGGAGGAUCUGCAGAGGGUCUACAGCUGCCCCCAGUGUAGAGAAACUUUCACUCUGAGGCCUGUUCUACGCAGGAACAACAUGCUGGCUAAAGUGGUGGAGAAACUGAAGGAGACUGAUCUCCAAGCUGCUUCUCCUGCUCACUGUUAUACUGGAUCUGGAGAUGUGGACUGUGAUUCCUGCACUGGGAGAAAACUCAAAGCUGUCAAGUCCUGUCUGGUGUGUCUGGCCUCGUAUUGUGAAGAUCAUCUUAAACCUCACUAUCAGUCUCAGGCUUUUAAGAAGCACAAAUUAGUUGAAGCCUGUGUAGAUCUCCAAGAGAAGAUCUGCUCUCAUCACAACAAACCGAUGGAGAUCUACUGCCGUACUGACCAAAGCUUCAUCUGUUACUUGUGUAUGACGGAUGAACAUAAAGGCCAUGAUACAGUUUCAACUACUGCAGAAAGAAGUAAAAAACAGAAUGAACUAAAGGAGGAGCAGAUUAAAUCCCAGCAGAAGAUCCAGGAGAAGCAGAAAAAGGUGCAGGAGCUGAAACAGACUGUUGAUAUUAUUAAGAUGCGUUCACAGGCAGCAGUAGAUGAUAAUGAGAAGAUCUUUAAUGAGAUGAUCAGCUCCCUGGAGAAAAGGCGCUCGGAGGUGACGGAGCUGAUCAGAGUUCAGGAAAAAGCUGAUCUGAGUCGAGCUGAACAACACCUGAAACAUCUGGAGCAGGAGAUCACUGAUCUUCAGAGGAGAGUCAGUGAUCUGGAGCAGCUUUCACACACACCUGAUCACAUCCACUUCCUCCAGAGUUUCCUGUCUCUCUGUGUUUCUCCUGGAUGUGACGACUCACCCAGUCUGUCUCAGAUCUGAAAAAACGAGUCGAGGAAAUCUGUCAGGAGGAAUUCAACAAAAUCCGUCCACAAGAAGUUCAGAUGAGUUUACCAUCAGAACCAAAAAGCAGAAAAGAUUUUCUGCA